AUGACGUACUGUAUAAUAACUAUCUCAUUUGAACGUUAUGGUCAAAAUAAAAAAAGUAAGCGUGUUACUUGUGCUCAUCGAUAUAGUAUUCAAAAAAAGGUACGUGAUCAUAAGAAAAAAAUGCGCAAAGAAGCAAAGAAACAUCCUGAGAGAACAAAAAAACGUUCAAAAGAUUUUAAAAUACCAAAAUUAGCACCAUUCAAAGAAGAAUUAUUACAGGAAGCUGAACAAGCGAAGAAGAAGAAAGAAGAAGAAAAAGAAUUGAAAAAACAUCAACGAAUACUACAAAAACAGAAACAACAACAACAACGACCAACGACAUUAGAAUCACUAGUGAAUGAUGCGCAAAAACGGCAAAUACACUUUGCACAACAACAUGAUAAUGACGAUCAAGAACAAUCUGCAGAUAAAUCAGCAUUUAUGCAAGAAAAAUCUCGUAAAAUAUUUUACAAAGAAUUUAAGAAGGUUGUUGAUGCAUCUGAUAUUGUUAUUCAAGUACUCGAUGCACGCGAUCCACUUGGUUCACGUUGUCGACAGGUAGAAGAAGGUGUUUUAACGUCUGGUAAAGGAAAGAAAUUAAUUCUUCUAUUGAAUAAAAUAGACCUUAUUCCUCGAGAUAAUCUUGAUAAAUGGUUAAAAUAUCUACGUAAUGAAUUUCCAACUAUUGCAUUUCGAUCAUCAACACAAACACAACGUGAUCGUCUAGGUCAUAUUAAUUUAUCAGUCAAAGCGUGUAAUGCUGAUAUUCUGAAAUCGUCAAACAAAUGUAUUGGUGCUGCAACAUUAAUGAAUUUAUUAUCAAAUUAUUGUAGAAAAAAUGAUAUUAAAACAAGUAUAACAGUGGGUAUUGUCGGUUUUCCAAAUGUUGGCAAAUCAAGUGUCAUCAAUAGUCUUAAACGAUCCCAAGCAUGUGAAACAGGUUCAACACCUGGCAUAACAAAACAAAUGCAAACAGUAAAAUUGGAUAAACUUAUUAAAUUAUUCGAUAGUCCUGGUAUUGUUCUAUCAAAAGAAACGGAUCCGGCCAGUCUUAUAUUGAAAAACUGUGUGCGAAUUGAAACGAUUGAUAAUCCAAUUCCUGCUGUUGAAUUGUUGCUACGUCGUUGUAAUAAAGAUCAAAUGAUGUUACAAUACAAUUUACCAGAUUUUCAAGAUGUAAAUGAAUUUCUAUCAAAAAUGGCCAUUAAAAUGGGCAAUUUUAAAAAAGGAGGCAUAGCUGAUGUUCGAUUAGCGGCUCAACGUGUACUAUCCGAUUGGACAAAUGGAAAAUUGACAUAUUAUACUGAACCACCUGAACGUAAUGAAAUAAUUCAUACAGAACUAGUAGAUAAAAUGAAUGAUGAAUUUGAUAUCGAUGCAUUAUUAGCAACUGAAAGUGAACAUUUAAAUGAAUUGCGAAAUACGCCACUAACAGGUAUACAGAUGGCAUCAUCAGCCAUGACAAAUAUGGAUUUAGAAAUUGAAAACGAUGAUAGUGAAGAAAAUGAUGAUAAUAACGUGGAUGACAUGGAUGAUACUGAUGAAAACUCUGAUGCCGAUGAUAAUGAUGAAAAAAUGACAGAUAUAAGUAGUGAAAAGCAAUCAACAACGGAUAUUGAUAAAGAACCAUCGACAACGGAUAUUGAUAAAAAGCCAUCAAAAACCGUUCGUUUUACCGUUCAAGUAGCAGACAGAAAUAAUAAAAAAUUAUCCAAACAAAAAGCAGCCGAGUUAGCUAGUAAACAUGAAGAUGAUAGUACGCGCCGUUUGAUAAACCGUUCAAAUAUGACAAGACGUCAGGAAUUUAAAAAAUUAAAAAAGAAUAUGAAACGAUCGGGUAAUAACAAUAAUAUAUUGAUGUCCGAUACAAUCAAAAAACUUGGUUUUCGUAUAUCUGAUCUAUUAUCACAAAGAGAAAUCUUAUCAGAAAAAUCUCCAUCACCUCCAGAAACGACAAUUCGAUCAGAAAUCAAAUCUGAACGAGAUUGCUCUACUUCAUUGUCUGUACCACCGAUAUCACCGUUGUCACCCAGUCGAACGUCAUCAUCAUCUCAAACAUCUGAAGCAUCACAAACUUCCUUAGCAAAUGGUCUUACAUCUCCAAAACCAUCAACUAACAAUCAAAUACCAAAUUUUUCGAUCGCUUGUCCUAUACCAACAACUAGUAGUCUUCUCACAUCAUCAGACUCAUUUCAAUAUUCAAAUUAUGAAAGUUUAAUGCGAACACCAUCAUCAUCAUCCUCAUUACUCUACAGACAUAACUAUCAGACACUCUUACCAAUUGUUAAUGGUACAUAUCCAUGGAUACAAACAGAUUCCAUAUUAAAAGAUCGAUUUUCCGUACUUAUUACGAAAGAAGAUGAUAAUGAGCUUUCAUAUCCGAAUUUUGAUGAAGCAGUCUGCGGUUUUUAUAAUGCUCAACGACGUAUUGGUCAUCCAUAUCAGAAUCGUACACCACCGAAGCGAAAAAAGCCUCGUACGUCCUUUACACGAUUACAAAUAAUGGAAUUAGAAAAACGUUUUCAUCGUCAAAAGUAUCUAGCAUCGUCUGAACGAUCACAAUUAGCAAAAAAUUUGCGAAUGACGGAUGCUCAAGUUAAAACUUGGUUUCAAAAUCGUCGAACAAAAUGGAGACGUCAGACAGCUGAAGAACGCGAACAAGAACGACAAGCGGCAAGUCGUUUAAUGUUAAAUUGUCAACAUCAUGAUACAAAGACUACUAACACUAUUUAUGAGUCAACAAUACAAGAACCAGCUCCAACUGUUCCCAUUAAUGAUUCCAUAUGUUUAACUAGUUCAUCACUGAAUGCAUUACAAAAUUUAAAACCAUGGUCAUCAUCAUCAAAUUCAAAUUCAUCAAUGACUAGUGAAGAAGAACGUAUAAAAAAAGAAACUAAACAUGUACCCAGUCUAACGACAGGAUAA